AUGCAAUCACAACACAAUCAGAGUUUAUUUAAAAACUUUCUGCUCUCCAAUAGAAAGUAUCAUGAUAAACUAUCAGAAAUUGUGUCAAACAAUAUAGCUAGUAGUAGUAGUAGUAAUUAUGGUGGUACUUCAAGUGAUUCCGGUAUUAAUCGAUUAAUAAUUAACAUGAAUGACUUUAGAAAUUUUGAUCAUCGAAGUUCACAACAAAUACAACAACAACCUCUCAAUUAUUUAUAUGAUUUUGAAAUUGCACUCCAUGAAUAUAUUAAUAUUAAUUUUCCAAAGUUUUUUGAAGAAUCACCUAAUGCUGAAAUUCAUUUAGGCUUUGAUGGUGAAUUGGGUGAUAAUAAUCAUGUUUCUCCGAGACAUUUAUUAGCAAAUUAUGCAAAUCAAUUACUUUGUUUAUCUGGAAUUAUAACAAAAUGCUCAUCUGUUAUUGAAAAGGUGAUGAGAGUUAUUUAUUAUUGUCCAGAUACUAACAAAUUUCAUGAAACAGACUUUACAAGUGAUGCAAAUUUAGGAGCUGGUGCUUCAAAUUUAAAUUUUCAAGAUGCUAAUGGUAAUGUAUUGGAGACUGAAUUUGGAUUAUCACAAUUUUGUGAUACACAAACAUUAUUUAUUCAAGAAGCACCUGAGAAUGCACCUGCAGGUCAACUUCCAAGAUCAGUUGAAUGUAUAGUAGAAGAUGAUUUGGUUGAUAAAGUUAAACCAGGUGAUCGUGUUACAAUGUAUGGUGUUUAUAAAGCAUUACCACCAUCAGGUCAAAGUCAAACUAAGUUAUCAAGCAAAAUGAGAAUGGUUUUCAUUGUAAAUCAUAUUGUAACCAGAGAACUUCAAACACAACAAGAAGAAUUUUCAGAAAAUGAAAUUGUUAACAUUACAAAAUUAUCAAAGAGAAGUGAUCUUUUUGAUAUUUUAUCUAGGGGAAUGGCACCAACUAUAUUUGGACAUGAUUUUAUUAAGAAGAGUUUACUUUUACAAAUGCUAGGGGGUGUAGAAAAGAAUUUUUCAACUUCCAAUACUCACCUUAGAGGUGAUAUUAAUAUUUUACUUGUUGGUGAUCCAUCAACUGCCAAAUCACAAAUGUUAAGAUUUGUUUUAAAAUCAGUUCCAUUGGCAAUUUCAACAACAGGUAGAGCAUCAACAGGUGUUGGUUUAACUGCUGCUGUUGUUGCUGAUAGAGAUACAGGUGAAAGAUCCCUUCAAGCAGGUGCAAUGGUUUUAGCAGAUCGUGGUAUUGUUUGUGUUGAUGAAUUUGACAAAAUGUCAGAUCAAGAUAGAACUGCAAUGCACGAAGUUAUGGAACAACAAACUGUUACAAUUCAAAAAGCAGGUGUUCACUGUUCAUUGAAUGCAAGAUGUUCAGUUUUAGCUGCUGCUAAUCCUAUUUAUGGUCAAUAUAAUAGACAAGUAUCAAUUCAAAGAAAUAUUGGUUUACCUGAUUCAUUACUAUCACGUUUUGAUUUAAUUUACAUUCUUUUAGAUGAAAGAAAUGGAGAGAAAGAUAGAUUAGUUGGUAGUCACGUUUUAAAUGUUCACAGACAACAAUCACAAGAUUAUCACACCUCUAAAGUUGGUAUUUCAACUGAAACACAUUUAACUGAACUUGAUGAAAUGAAUUCAUUCUUUAAUGAAAUUGAAAAGAUAUCUCAUGAAAAUGAUGAUUAUAGCAAGAAACAUCAACACUUAAUUAUACCUCUCUCAUUCUUGAAGAAAUAUGUUAAAUAUGCCAAACAAACAACACCAAGGUUAACUGAAGAAGCUAGAGAAUUUAUGCAUAUCAAAUAUUUAGAAUUGAGAACAAAUAAUGGUCAAAAAACACUUCCAAUCACAGCUAGAACAUUAGAAUCAUUAAUUAGAUUAUCAACUGCACAUGCAAAAAUGAGAUUAGGUACAGAAAUUACUAAGAGUGAUGUUGAAUCUGCUUUCAAAUUAAUGUAUUACUCUAUUUGGUUUUUAAAUAAUACCAAUAGUGAUGCUAUUCUUGCUCAACUUUCAUCUGUGGAAGGUGAGAGUAAAAAGAAAAAGAAGAAACCACUCACCCUCACCAAUACUGAACAAUCUGAUGAGAGUACUACUGCUACCACUAAUAAGAGAGGUAGAGAAGAAUUUGAGAAUGAACCAAUUGAUGAAGAGGAAGCUAUUGAAAUCAUCAAGAAGGCUAUCUUCGAAAAUGCACAAAAUGGAUUUGCAAUUGAAGAAAUGGAAACCUUAUUAUGUGCAGGAGAGAAUGCUUCACUUCCAAAAUCUCAAUUACAAAAGGUUUUGAAAGACUUGGAAGAUCAAACUUUCUGUAUUAUUGAUGGUGAAAAAGUAUUUUAUUGUGGAGAAUAAUGAAUCAGCACAUUCUUAAAUAGCUGCUUCAAAUAAAUUAUUAACCAAAUC